AUGGAGCGGCUAUCUCUAAACGAAAGUCCUGGCAAUACGCAACAGCAGAGACAACAAACCCAGCAAAAUGCGCUUGGUCCCCAAGCACCGAUGACCCAAUCCGGUCCUCCACAACUUCCCCCUCAGAUGUUUACGACCGCCGCACAACUGCUGGAUUUGACAGAUAAGAAACUUGUCCUUGUCCUGCGUGACGGGAGGAAAUUGAUUGGCGUGUUGCGAAGUUGGGAUCAAUUCGCGAACCUUGUUCUUCAGGAUACUAUUGAACGAAUCUACGCUGGAAAGCUCUACGCGGACGUCCCGCGCGGCAUCUUCCUCGUGCGUGGCGAGAACGUCCUCCUGCUGGGCGAAGUGGAUCUUGACCGCGAGGACGAAGUCCCCACUUCCGUCACUAAAGCGCCGUUUGAGGAGGUUUUCGAACUGAAGAAGAAGGAAGAUAGCAAGCGCAAGAGCAGCGAUAAGAAGCGGUAUACCGAGCUCCAGGCACUCGGAUUCGAGCCUGAGCAUAGCGGCGAGAUUUUGUUCUAA